UCCAUUUGACAGCCAGGCUGGGUGUCAAAUUAAAUCAGGAAUUGGAAAAUUUGCCGGUUGAAUUAAAAAAGCGUUGCAACAUCUGGUUCAUAAUCGGCUAGUAAUAACUUAAAAAUUUAUCUAUGACAAAAACUCCUCAACCCUCCGUAUAAAAUAUUUUGUCGGCUUGGUAGAAAUCGGCCGGUUCAUCAAAGGUUGAAAGAGAGCGGUUCAGGCGAUAACCUACUAUAACUACUGCUUUGGAGGAACUACCUGGCAUAUUGAGUUCAUACCAACCAAGCCAAAAACAAAGUCGACCUUUGGUGAUCAAGUGUGCAUUUUUAAUAUCCUCUAAAUGCAGCAGCUAGACAAUAAGCUAACUCGGUAUGAGAAAAUUGCGUUUCUUGGCGAGGGGCAGUUUGCGACAGUAUAUAAGGCGCGAGAUGUGCUCACCGAGCAGAUAGUUGCCGUAAAAAAGAUAAAAAUUGGAAGUCGGGAAGAGGCCCAGGAUGGUAUAAACCGGACAGCGUUGCGGGAAAUCAAACUACUGCACGAGCUACAGCAUGAAAAUGUUAUAGGUUUGGUUGACGUUUUUGGUCAUAAAUCGAAUGUCUCGUUAGUGUUCGACUUUAUGGAUACCGAUUUGGAAAUUAUCAUAAAGGAUCCCAAGAUUAUUUUAACCCAAGCUAAUAUCAAAUCUUACAUGAUUAUGACUUUAAGUGGUUUGGAGUACCUACAUAUGAAUUGGAUACUCCAUAGAGAUUUAAAACCAAAUAAUUUGCUGGUCAAUACAGAUGGUGUACUAAAAAUUGGUGAUUUUGGUUUAGCCAAGUUCUUUGGUUCGCCCAAUCGUAUUUAUACUCACCAGGUUGUUACAAGAUGGUAUCGUGCACCCGAACUACUCUUUGGUGCGCGACAAUAUGGUACUGGAAUAGACAUCUGGGCCGUGGGCUGUAUAUUAGCCGAGCUUUUAUUGCGUAUUCCUUUCUUACCAGGCGAUUCCGAUCUUGAUCAGCUUACAAAAAUUUUCCAAGCUCUCGGCACGCCUACUGAAGAAACGUGGCCUAACCUCAACAAAUUGCCGGAUUACAUGCAAUUCAAGCAGUUUCCUGCGAUUCCCUUACAACACAUUUUUACAGCCGCGCCUGAUGAUCUCAUCCUUUUGGCGGAAAAGCUACUUGCCCUAAAUCCAGCGCAGCGUUGCACCUGCACAGAAGCAUUAAGUAUGAAAUAUUUUUCGAACAAACCAGCGCCAUCAGUCGGCCAUAAGCUGCCAAUGCCCUCUGGCAACAAACAACCUGCUGAAGAACGUCCCAGCUUAAAGCGAAAACUCAUCGAUUCUCUGGAAGGUGGCACGGUGCCAAAAAAACUUUUUUGAUUAAAGCUGCAAGGCGAUAUCAAAGAUGCCGAUUAAAGUUAGGGAUAAUUUAAAAUAUUACCAAUAAAAUUUGUUACUUUUUUAUCGACUUUUUGUUUCGUUAAAGUUUAUGCACUUUUUCACAAGUUAAAUUACGAUAAUAAAGAAAAAGCAAUUUGGUUU